GCUAGAAAGCCAACUUGUUUCGCAACAACACAUCAAUAUAACCAAUUAAGUACUAGCUCGUAAAUCAUUCGACUUCAGAAAUUCUGUUCAAAAUCGAUAUCGCUCUUAACGUGAUAAUGAUAAAAAGUCGAUCAAGCUUAGUCAUCUUCUCUAUUGUCGUAUCAAUUGUCAAUGCUACCGUUCCGGGAACCGCGAGCGCAAACGAGAUUAAUCAGCCACAAAAAAAGAAAACUCAAUUCAAUGGAGGAACCUUGUAUCCAAGAGCAACAGAGACCAGAGAUUUGAGAAGAUUAGAUGGUAUAUGGAACUUCAGAAGAUCACCAACAGAUCCCGAAUACGGUUACCGAAAUGGCUGGUACGAACAGGAUCUCGAAAAGACAGGUCCAAUUAUUCCGAUGCCGGUUCCGGCGUCGUAUAACGACAUUGGCGAGGAUGCUUCUCUGAGAGACCACGUCGGCCUGGUGUGGUACGACAGACGUUUCCAUGUUCCACCGUGGUGGUCUAAAAUGGAACAGCGCGUUUGGCUUAGAUUUAGCAGCGUUCAUUACGCUGCACAAGUUUGGGUGAACGGAAAACCUGUGACCUACCAUGAAAUCGGUCACCUGCCCUUCGAAGUUGAAGUUACUGAUUUCGUGAGUUACAACAGCAGCAACCUCCUCACUGUCGUCGUGGACAACACAUUACUCAGUGACACUGUGCCACAGGGAUCUAUACGAGACAUUUUUGUAGGGAACACGAAAAUUCGUCAAGAACAGUCGUAUACAUUUGACUUCUUCAACUAUGCGGGUAUUCACCGCUCCGUGUUCCUUUACACCACGCCGCAGGCUUAUAUUGACGAUGUCAUCGUCAACACAGACAUACAAGGACUAACUGGUUUCGUAGUCUACAACGUGACGUAUAAAAACACGAUAUCCAACACACAAUGCCUCAUACAAUUAUAUGAUAAGAACGGCACCCAAGUAGCCGGUGCUAAUGACUGCGCUGGUCUUUUGGAGCUCGGGAACGCCAACUUUUGGUGGCCCUACCUCAUGCACCCAGAGCCUGGCUAUUUAUAUACUUUAAGGGCAUCUCUAUUAGGUCCAUUAGGGGAAUUAAUUGAUACAUACAGUUUGAAAGUAGGUAUAAGGACUGUGACGUGGAGCAAUACAACGAUCUACCUCAAUGAUAAGCCGAUCUAUUUAAGAGGGUUCGGUAUGCACGAAGAUUCCGAUCUACGUGGUAAAGGUUGGGAUCCUGUUUUAUGGGUGAAGAACUUCAACCUCAUCAAAUGGGUCGGCGCGAACGUGUUCCGCACUUCUCACUAUCCCUACGCUGAAGAAAUCUACCAGCUGGCGGACGAACAGGGCAUCAUGAUUAUUGACGAAUGUCCUGGCGUCGACACUGAUAUCUUCACGGACGCACUGCUGGAGAAGCACAAACAGUCUCUGACUGAACUCAUCCGGCGAGACAAGAAUCACCCUAGUGUCAUCAUGUGGUCUAUCUCCAACGAACCCAGAUCUCAGAAUGUUAAGGCUAAUGCAUAUUUUGGGAACGUCGUGAAACACGUGAAGUCCAUGGAUUUGUCAAGACCAGUUACGAUUGCAAUCGCUCAAAACUACCUCAUUGAUAAAUCGGGUCAGCACUUGGACGUGAUUUGCUUCAACCGCUACAACGGCUGGUAUGCGAACACGGGCUCGUUGCUGAACAUCGCCGCGUACGUGGUGGACGAGGCCACCGCCUGGUUCCGGAAGCACAACAAGCCCGUCAUCAUGACGGAGUACGGAGCGGACACUAUUGCCGGAUUGCAUAUGUUACCAGAAUACGUGUGGUCGGAAGAGUACCAAGUAGCAGUAAUGUCGGAACACUUUAAAGCUUUCGAUCGAUUACGACAUGCUGGAUUUUUCUCUGGGGAGUUCAUCUGGAACUUCGCCGACUUUAAGACUGCACAGACGAUAACGCGAGUGGGGGGCAACAAGAAGGGCAUAUUCACGCGGGCGCGGCAGCCCAAGGCGUCGGCGCACCACCUGCGGGCGCGCUACCUGGCGCUGGCCGCGGCCGACGCCGGCGCCGCGCCGCCCGCGCCCGCGCUCUACGUCAGCGACCACGCGCCGCUCGCGCGCUCCGAGCUCUAGGGCGCGCUCGGUCGCCUCGAUCCAAUAUUCACUACCACUUGAUGCCUUGUUGUUUGGAAUGGUCGCCGGAGCCGAGCAGAAAGAAUGUAUUACGUCUGUCCCGAUCAGUAUGUGUGCUUAGCUUCAUUGAUUGAUGCAAACGGCACAAAGUCUCAUAGCAGCUGAUAUUUUGUAUUGUAAAUAAUACACUCAUAAUGUACCUAAGCUCCUUUCGGUUCUCUCUUAUUUUCGAAUUCCUGAAUGUGUUUUAUACUUUAAUUUCGUUUAUUUUAUUGCCCCGUUUGUUUGUAUCGAUUUUACUUUAAGACUUUACAAAUAUUUACAUAAAUGUCCCGGGUGCCGACACGAAAGGACGACACAGAUGGAGAAGGUAAGUAUAAACCCACCAACAAAAACUUAACUAAGCACAUGUUUUACUUAUGUUUAUUCGUUUAUAUUCUAUACACUGUAACUUUUGUAUUGUUGUAAACUAUUAUAUUCCUAGAAAUAAUGUUACCUUAUAAUUUGACAUGUUGCAUUGUAAUCGGUUGAAAUGAAUAUGUUGUGUUUGUUAAUAUUUAUUGUGUGUAAUUUUAUUAAAGUACAAAUAUUA